AUCCUCGAUUUUUGGUGGAUGAAGACGAUGACGGAGACUCCAUGCCACAGAUGGCAAUACCCUCCCAAAUGACCCUGCAUGUCUUGGCACCCACACCUUCCAGAGGACGUACGGCACUGUUGUCCACCUCUAGAAACACAGCCGCUCCUAGCAGAGUAAAGACAUUCUUCGACGAGCUCAUAAACAUCCCUGCGCCCACAUCUGAUACAGGCGAAAAAGCAAUUCGCAGCCGGAGACCUCGAUUGAUCUAUUUACGUGAUUUUCCUACCCUCGCUCCUACUUCGUCGACAUGGUAUCCUCCUUUGCUGUCCGCCGUCCGUCAGCGUCGUGUAGGGCCUAUUGCUCGGCCAUCCUCUCCCAUCAGCAACCCUAUGACGAUCAUCUUUGGAAUCACUCCCCCCAUAGUACCCCCCGCUUCAGUACCGUCUUCUUCGGGCUCGAGCAACCAAGGUCUGGUUAACAUGCUGAUGAACAGAAAGCCAACGUCAUCAGUUACUCCUUCCAACAGCAGACCAAGCAGGUCAGAUUGGAGUGAAGAUGAAACGGCGGACAAAGCGAGAGAGAAACGUCUUAAAGACCGUUUGCGCAAGUGGGAGAAGGGCGAUCCCGAGCUCAUAGACGAGUUGCCGAAGCUUUCGGUUAGAGGAAGUGAGGGUGAGAGUACCAACGGAAAGAGGCCGGGAGUCUUUGUUAUUGGCGGGUCUCCCGGCGGUGGACUCCCUCCUUCAUUAGAUUCCAUACUCGGAGGCUCAGAAAACCCUAAUAAUUCUUCUGAUUCAGAAGCCUCCACAGCUCGAUUUUUCCGCACCUCAGUCUUGGUACCAAACACUCGCUCCGUGGCACACGAACGGCUAUGUAGAACUAGCCGACGAAGGGAAAUCAAUGAAGUGACUAUGCGGAUGGGCGUCGGAGCGGUUGGCGGCGCUCUACACAAGAUGGACACUUCGUGCAUCGAAGACAAGGAAGGUGUCCCAGAGGGAGAACAGGAGCCUACGACGAAGGACAAGGAUGAAGAGGAUAUGUGGCAUGACUGGAGCAACAAAGUCGAAGUCUGGUCGAACGUCAGACAAAUCGCAGAUCGUGCUCUUGGGAGCGUUGUCGCAGCUACGCCGAAUCACCAUAGAACGACCAAAUCCAACCUUGAGCCUACUGUGGUUCCAUGGUCUGCUGUACAUCGUGCAUGGGCGAUGCAGCGCUCUUCGCACGAUUUGCGCAAGUCGUGGAUGAAGGAAGCUGUGACAAAAGUUCCGCGCGAUAAAGAGACUGAAGAUCAGCAUGACGAGGGUGAAGCUGAGACUGGCCAGGAGAGUGUUGAUGAAGUCGUGGAGCGGAUCAAGCAAGACCCAGAUCUCGAACAGCACGAACAGAGACUUCUGGCGUGUAUCGUGGAUGCAGCAUCAAUGUCGACUUCCUUCAGUCAAGUGCACCUACCUCCUCAUACCAUAGAUUCCGUUCGGACCAUCGUGUCGCUUCCUUUGCUCCAUCCAGCAGCUUUCCAGCAAGGUAUUCUUAAGGAACAUGGCAUGACAGGGUGUCUCCUGUUUGGACCCCCAGGAACAGGUAAGACCCUAGUAGUUCGAGCUCUUGCCAAAGAAGCUGGGUGUCGCAUGAUGACGAUCUCACCAUCCGACGUGAUGGACAUGUACGUGGGCGAAGGCGAGAAACUCGUCAGAGCUGUCUUCUCUCUUGCUCGACGGCUAUCACCUUGCGUGGUUUUCCUCGACGAGAUCGAUGCGCUGUUUGGGGCUCGCAUGUCUGCGCGCGAGAGUGGUGGUGCAUUUGCUCACCGGGGAGUCAUCACUGAAUUUAUGCAAGAGAUGGAUGGUUUGAAGACCUCGAAGGAUGACAGGGUCAUCGUCAUAGGUGCCACGAAUAGACCUUUUGAUCUGGAUGAUGCUGUACUUCGACGGCUCCCUCGACGACUGUUGGUCGAUUUGCCAGGAGAAAAAGAACGCGAAGGCAAGUGGAUUAUUCUCAGGAUUCUUCUUCGCGAGGAGACCUUAUCAACUGAGGUGGACCUGAAUGCUCUUGCCAAACGCACCGAAAGUUUUUCUGGUUCAGAUCUCAAACACCUUUGUGUAUCCGCUGCACUUGAUGCUGUCAAGGAGCAUGUCGAAGUUCCUUGGAAAUCAUCCUCGACCCUCUCCGGUGACCAAGUUCCCUCGUUAUCAACAGUGUUGAAGUCCGAAGAUCCCAGUCCAGCUCCUUCGUCGUCAACUACACAACCUGAAGAUGUUGCCAGUGAACCUUCCACAACUUCGCCUAUAGUCCCUCUUCGCACUCUCCACCUUCGCCAUUUCACAAAAGCCCUGAAAGAGAUUACGCCUUCGUCUUCCGAGUCUCUUGGCAGUCUCUCAGACUUGAGGAAAUGGAACGAAGAGUUUGGAGAAGGCCGAAAAGACAAAAAGAGACAACAAGUUUGGGGCAAAGGCAAAUUCGGGUUUAUUAAUAAAACGAAUACCUCAGUGGACGAGGGAAGGGUUGCAGUCAGUUCCCCCACUUCUGCUACAAGUACACGAGAUAUAGUUUGAUAAAUACGCUAGUGUGGUCAUUAGAGCACCGAUGUACAGUCCACGUUGAUAUAAUUCGCUCUAGAGAACUAUUAUCGCACUCUGCCGGAUCGACGCCGUCCGUUGGCUUGAGAUUUUUGGGGACUGGCAUCAUUGUCGUCCUCGUCAUCGACGUCCAUGUCAUUCCGAGUGUUCUUUUUCUUUUGAAUACGUUUUGAUGGUGAUUGGGAAGGUAUCGAUUGUGAAGGCUCCUCAUCCAUCUGCAUCUCUUCGUCUUCCUCAUCACUACCUUCUGCCGUACUUCUCCUUCGAACACGUCUGCCAUCAUCCUGACCGUCUUUCACAGCGCCUUCGCCAACAAGCAAGAGGGGUCUCUGUGCUUCCUGUGGCCAGUCUUUGCUGCAAGCUGGGCAUGUUGAGUGAUGGCGACGGUGAGUUUUGAAGCAGUGAAGAUGCAUGCGCGUUUUGCAAUUUGGUGUAUGACAGGCUAUACCGCGAGUUAAGACCU